GCGGGCGGGCGGGGGGCAGGAGGUGAAUCAGGCCGCGCCGCCUCCUUGUCAGCCCGAGGAUCCCUCGGAGACCCCCGGCGGCAGCGCGGGACCCCCCACCCCGCAGACACACGCCGGCGCUUCCGGGGCCUCGGCUGCCGCGGGGCCGCGGGAGGUGUGCGGCCGGCUGCGGGAGCUGGCCCAGCGCUGGCUGGAGCCACAGCGCCGCAGCAAGGAGCAGAUGCUGGAGCUGGUGGUGCUGGAGCAGUUCCUGGCCAUCCUGCCCCGGGAGACGCGGAGCUGGGAGUGGGGGCUGGAGACCUGCACCCAGACCGAGGGGGUUCAGCUGGGGCAGGCGGAGGGGGAGAAGCUCCAGAUGAGUGUUCCCGUGUCUGUGUGCUUGCACAGUUUUCCUUCCCAACUGCAUCGCCCAGAUCCCAGCUUCCCACUGACAUGUUUGUCUCGUCCCCAGGUCGCAAUGAGUGUGCGUGUCAGGGAGGUGUGCCCAGGCACGGUGCAGCCCAUGGGGGCAUCGCAGGAGCCUGCUGAUUCCUGGCCGGAGCUGCCCACAGCCCGUGAUGCCAACAGGCCUCUGGAGGGAGCAGAACAGAGCGAAAGCCCAGGGUCUCAGCACGAGCCACCUUGUGUCCCCGAGGAGGAGCCUCCGCUCUGCCACAAGUCAGAUUCCCUUGAAACCGGGGAGACCUGGGAGUUGUCAGCAGACAAAAGCUCGUCAGGCUGGUGCCCCAGACGAGGCCCUUCCCCAGGAGCAGGUGCUGGGACCCUGAGCAGAGCUGAGCAGCAGCCUCCUGGAGACGAGACUGUAAUCCUGGAUCUGCAGAGGACUUCCCCUGGGAGACUGGAGGAGAGGGGCUCCCUGACACCUGAAUCAGGCCAAGUUAAGAGGGGGCAGGGCAGGCCUCCAAAGCAGGGGGAGAGCUUGGAGCUCCGGGACGUGUUUGAGGACGUGGCCGUAUAUUUCACGCGGAAGGAGUGGGAGCUGUUGGAAGAUGAAGACAAGGUGCUUUACCAGGACGAGAUGCUGAAGAAUUACCAAGCCCUCAUUUCCCUGGGAUAUCAGGGUCCUACACCUGACUUGAUCUGCAGCAUCCAGCAAGGACAAGUAGAGCUCUGGAUCUCUGAUGAUGAGGGCGGUGGGGAAAUCUCAAGGUCCGAGGACCUGCUGUCAGGAGGUGCUUGGCUGCUGAGCAGAGCUGAGGAGCAGCCUCCUGCUGGAGGGCCUGCAGCCCUGGAGCCAGCACGGACUUCCCUAAGGAGUUUGGGCAAGAAGGACUCCCUGAGACCUGAGAAGGAGCCAUGGCACAAGAGUCAGGGGAGGCCCCGAAAGCAGAAGGAGAAUGUAGCAGUGAAACAGCACCAGUGCAUCCACCUGGGGAGGAAGACACACCACUGCACUGAGUGCAAGAAGAACUUCAUCUGCCGGCAAGACCUGUCCCAGCACCAGCGUGUGAAGAUCAGGGAGCAGCCACACCAUGGCACCAAGUGUGUGAAGAGCUUCGGUCAUUCCUCCAACCUUGUCAAGCACUGGUGCAUGCACACAAGGGAGAAGCCACAACAGUGCUCGGAGCGUGGGGAGAGCUUCACCCAGUCCUCCAACCUGGCCAAACACCGACUCAUUCACAUGGUGGAAAAGCCACAUCAGUGCUCAGUGUGUGGGAAGAGCUUCACUUACUCCUCCAGACUGGCUGAGCACCAGCGUAUCCACACAGGGGAGAAACCACAUCAGUGCUCACAAUGUGGGAAAAGCUUCACUUGCUCCUCCAGACUGGCUCAACACAAGCAUAUCCACACAGGGGAGAAGCCACAUCAGUGCUCGGUGUGUGGGAAAAGCUUCACUUACUCCUCCAGGCUGGUUCAGCACCAGCUUAUCCACACGGGGAAGAAGCCAUAUCAGUGCUCAGAGUGUGGGAAGAGCUAUACCUGCUCCUCCACCCUGGCCCAGCACCAGCGUAUCCACACAGGGGAGAAGCCACAUCAGUGCUCGGAGUGUGGGAAGAGCUUCACUUCCUCCUCCAGGCUGGCUCAACACAAGCAUAUCCACACAGGGAAGAAGCCACAUCAGUGCUCGGAGUGUGGGAAGAGCUUCACUUACUCCUCCAGGCUGGCUGAGCACCAGCGUAUCCACACAGGGGAGAAACCGCAUCUGUGCUCAGAAUGUGGGAAGAGCUACACCUGCUCCUCCACCUUGGCCCAGCACCAGCUUAUCCACACAGGGGAGAAGCCAUAUCAAUGCUCAGAAUGUGGGAAGAGCUUCACCUGGUCCUCUAGUCUGGCCCGGCACCAACUUGUCCACACAGAGAAGCCUCAUCAGUGCUCGGAGUGUGGGAAGAGCUUCACUCACUCCUCCAGGCUGGCUCAGCACCAGCGUCUCCACACAGGGGAGAAGCCACAUCAAUGCUUACAGUGUGGGAAGAGCUUCAACCAAUCCUCCGACCUAGCCAAACAUCGACUCAUCCACGUGGCAGAAAAGCCCCAUCAAUGCUUGGAGUGCGGGAAGAGAUUCACUCACUCAUACAGGCUGGCUCAGCACCAGCGCAUCCACACAGGGGAGAAGCCACAUCAGUGCUCAGAGUGUGGGAAGAGGUUCACUCAGUUCUCCACGCUGGCUCAGCACCAGCGUAUCCACACAGGGGAGAAGCCAAAUCGUUGCUCGGAGUGUGGGAAGAGCUUCAUUCACUACUCCAGCUUGGCUCAGCACCAGCGUAUCCACACAGGGGAGAAGCUACAUCAAUGCUCAGUGUGUGGGAAGAGCUUCACCUGCUUCUCCAGCUUGGCCCAACACCAGCGUAGCCACACAGGGGAGAAGCCACAUCAGUGCUCAGAGUGUGGAAAAAGCUUCACUCAUUCCUCCCACCUGACUCGGCACCAGCGUAUCCACACAGGGGAGAAGCCACAUCAGUGCUUGGAGUGUGGGAAGAGCUUUGCUCGUUCCUCCAGUCUGGCUCAUCAUCAGCGUGUCCGCACAGGGGAGAAGCCACUUCAGUGUUUGGAGUGUGGGAAGAGCUUCACCUGCUCCUUCUCCCUGGCCCAACACCAGCGUAUCCACAUGGGGGAGAAGCCACGUCAGUGCUCAGAGUGUGGGAAGAGCUUCACUCAUUCCUCCCACUUGGCUCGGCACCAGCGUAUCCACACAGGGGAGAAGCCGUAUCGGUGCUCAGUGUGUGGGAAGAGCUUCGCUCAUUCCUCCAGUCUGGCUAAGCACCAGCGUAUCCACACAGGGGAGAAGCCGUAUCAGUGCUCAGAGUGUGGGAAGAGCUUCAUCCGAUCCUCCCACCUGACCCAGCACCACCUGAUCCACAGAUAGAAGAAAACACAUCAGUGCUCAGAGUGUGGGAAGUGCUUCCUCCACUCCUCUUCCAAACUAGCCCAGCACCAGCGCAUCCCUAUCCAGGAGUGUCCUUAAUUCUGCCAGCAAUUCUGGAAGGAUUUGGGGAUGUAUACCUGUUCUGCACCCACCAGUGUCUGCAUCUUGGGAAGCAGUCUCAUGCUGGUGCAGUGCAGCAACAGUUCACCCUUCAUUCAGCCUUUCUAGAGUACUGCAAAACCCAACCCAAAGGACACUGAGGCUAGCCUCCCAGGUUUGAUGCAGUUGACAGGUUGAAAGGAAACUCCUCAGGCAGAGGUUAGCCCAGAUGCUGGGGGACCCUGUGAGGAGAUGAUCUUUGCAUCAGCCUUGUAGCCUGUGCCAUCCCCAUCGUUCUCUAAAAGUAGUCAGUGCUCCCAGGGGGAGAAGAAGUGCCUUCACAAUAGGUGCCCUCCCCAAGACAGCUGGCUCCAAAUGACAUCCAGGGACUUUUUGGCCAACUCGCAACUUUGAUUUCCCUCUAGGCCCAGGGUUCUUGUAUAUGAAGCUCUAAAGUUGCAGGAAGGUGGACUUUUAUUGCUAGGGAAGUAUUCCUUGCCUUUCAGCCUGCCCAUGUCCAUCAGGGUCUGCAAGAAAAUGGUACUUCCACCCGAUGAGCCCAGUUUGGCGGUUUUGCUUCUCAGCCUCUUGUCAGAACGCUGCCCCCCCCUGCCCUCCUUCCCUUCAUACCCUUCUCUAUAACAGUUUCCUUGGUAAUCAAGCCCCACAACUUAACAUGAUACCCCUGUGGGUUGGUCUCUAUGUCCUCUCCAGAGCUCUAACAUGGGUUCUGGGCCCUGGUCGGUUCCUGUUCCACAGAAGAUCUCUCUGUGGUUUGUCAGCCCCUUCCCUUUCUAGAGGAGUCACCACAAUUCAGGGAGCGUUGCUAAGCCUCAGGAGCAAGAGUUGGACACAUUUGAGGCAACACACCCAUAUCCUGCUGUACAGCCAAGGGCCCUGCCAUUUUGAAUAAACCUUUGGCCAGGGGAAAGUAGAGUCUCUUUUCUGAGUUAAAUGCAAUAGUAGGGAUGAAGGAGGUGCAGCCUGUGACGGGUCCUGCCUCUUUUGUGGAAGGGUGGGGAAAGAAUAGAGGCAUCCUGUGGGUGAAAUGAAGCAUGUUAGAAUCUCCUAUUGGGAAUACUGAGGCUUCCCUGCUGGUGCCGAAGCCAUUUGGCUCCAUGAGUGUCCUGUAGGAGCUACUCGAAGAGGUUAACCCAUCUUGCAGAAGAGGCCGUGAGGGUGAUAGCGGACAAUAAGCUGAAUAUAAGCCAGCAGUGUGCCCUUGUUGCUAAGAAGGCUAAUGGCAUCCUGGGCUGCAUGGGUAGGUGUGUUGCCAGCAGGUCAAGGGAAGUGAUUCUUCCCCUCUAUUCAGCGCUGAGGAGGCCACAUCUGGAGUCCUGUGUCCAGUUUUUGGGACCCCCACUACAAAAAGGAUGUGGACAAAUUGGAGAGUCCAGCAGAUGGCAACAAAAAUGGUGAGGGGGCUGGGGGGCAUGACUUAUGAGAGAGGCUGAGAGAACUGGACUUAUUUAGUCCAGACAAACGAAGGCUGAGAGAAGAUUUAAUAGCAGCCUUCAACUACCUGAAGCAGGGUACAAAAGGGGAUGGUGCUAAACUGUUCGCAGUGGAGGCAGAUGACAGAACAAGGAGCAACCAUCUGAAGUUGCAGCAAGGGAAGUUUAGGUUAGAUAUUUGGAAGAAAUUUAUCACUAGGAAGGUAGUAAAACCCUGAAACAGGUUCCCCAGAGAGGUGGUCUAAUCUCUAUCCUUGGAGGUUUUCAAGACCCAGCAAGACAAAAGCUUUGGCUGGGAUGAUGUAGUUGGGGCUGGUCCUGCUUUGGGCAGGGGGUUGGACUAGAUGUGACCUCCUGAGGUCCUGUCCAAACCUAAUUUUCUGUGGUCCUGGAGCACACUCAUUCAUCUCAAUAAUUGUCCUUUCUGCUGAUAUGCCCCAAUGUAUAAAUCUGCCUCCUCCCUUUCCCUAUAUUACAGCAUUUAAGAAAAUAAUCUUGUGAUUUCUGAAUGAGCUUCAGAUUUUUGGCUGGAGUGCUAGUUCGUCUUGUUCAAAGCGGGUGCAGAAAGAAAGCAGGGAAUGGGACUUUGUUUGACACAUUUUGAAUGUGCCUGUUUCUUGUUGAACUUCUGAGGGGUGGUCGAGUUUGGGGGCAAUGUGUGUAGGUGAGGGAGCAUGUGUUAAAGGAACUGAAAUCUGAACCACCCUUUUCCAAGAAGACAGCAUGGGUACAGAUCAGUUAAGGUCCCCUCAUAUCUCUUUAAAAGACCUGACUUCUAAGCCUGCUUCUCAAAUGCACUGUAUUUUUUUUUUGUGACAGCUUUAUGGAGAAGAGAGUGUUGUGUUACAACAGUAGAUGCAUAAGCUUUUGUUUCCAGGGCCCUGAGCAGGGUUGAAUAGGAGUGCAGGGAGGCACCAAAGUCUGCUAAGGCUCCCACUAUCCAAAAUGGGUCAGGCGCCUUGUGGGGAUGUAGCCAGCCUCAUUUGCUGCAAAGAGAAAGGCCAGAUGUCUGGAUCUUCCCCACAUUAGCUACAGCAAGUGAAUAGGAACGUGGGAGAGUCCAACUGAGACCCAGCUGAUGAGGUCAGGCCUCCGCUUACACCCAUGGCCACCUCAGUGUUAUGCUCUAGUUCCUGUAUGAUAGGGGCAUUCCCACCAGGAGGGAUAAAGCCAGUAGAUCUUCCCUUUUGAUUUCUCUCUCUUUGGUUCAGAUUCCAGAGACCCAAAGGGCUGCUGAGCAAGGUGAAGUUAGCGGUGGUGAUUUAGAGGCCACCUGCACUUCCCACAUGUGGCAGCCUGUGCCAGGUUUCCUGCUGUCUAUUGCUAGACUGCUCCCCACCCUGCUAAGUAAAAACCUCCAGUUUUGCUGGUCUAUGGCAGCCCAGUGAGCCUUUGCAUAUCUGAAAUUGGCCUUCACCCCUGCCCCUUUGCUUGCUUGUCCAGGCUCCACCUUGUACUUUUUGGCAGAAAUAGGUACAUCCCGCACUGUGAUAGGUGUGGUACUUGUGGGCCAGUAGAGGGCGCUCCUGCACUGAGCUGCUCCCUCACCGCACCCGGCCAAAAACCAAGCCUCAAGUGCCUCCCCUGGGACGCCUACGUCAGGCCGACCCACUUCCUGGACCACGCCUGUGAGCCUGGGGUACCGCUGCCACCACCCGGCCUCAGGUCUUUGUCUGUGCCCGUGCCACCCAGAAUGCACGGACCCUGUAGACUUUGGGAUUUGGGGAUGCUUUUAUUAGCCAAAAGCAUUCACCAUGAGCCUCCCAUGUGGGAGGAGAGUAAAAUAGCUGAGCCCACCUUAGUCCCUUCUCUCUUUAGCCCACCCAGCGAGGCGUGGUAAAACAGAUAGAUUUAUUGAUCAAAGAGGGAUGGAAACAGGAAGGAAUACCAGUAGCAAAAUAUAGAGAGAAAACCAGGUUGAGCAAAUCUGAGCGGCUUGUUUGCCUUUCGCCACAUGACUAGAUUACAGUCAACGAAAUUCCUAGUUAGGUUUCUGGUAAGUCACUCACUUCUGGAUCCUGAGUAUGAGAGGGCUGCAGAAGUCCAUGCUGCUCAGUGUGCGUAUUUAAAAUGUUCGCCUCUCCCCUUAUUCCUCAAGGGGCCCUCUUAAACAGCCCUACAGACCUCACCAGCCGGGACAAGUCAGGACAGGUGGCAUUUGAUGCCGGACAAUCAAUUUGAAAAAUACCGUCUCUUACCUUGAGAAGGGACAACUGCCUUCCCAGGCUAAAGGCAGGAAGCUUAACAAUAGACCUGGCCACAGAGAGAGGUUGAUAGGCACGAGAGAGCGGGGGAAACAGACUAACCCCAGAGAGGGAGGAGGCUGGAAUGGGAUUCCUUCACAGUGCUCUCACGGUGGUAGGGCCCAGACCAAAUCCUGCACCCCUGCAUCUUCUUUUCCUGCAAACUCACCCCAGCAGAAAAUAAAUCUUUGAGGUCCCCACCUGUGACCUUGUGGGCAUCAGGAUGGCUUUUGGUGGCAAUAUGUUGAAGAGCCAUGGCACAAAGUACAGGUUCUUACAGAUCACAACCUAGUUGCCAACCUGCACCCCCAGAAACUGGCAUGAGAAGCAAGGGGGAGUUCCCAUUUGUAUAUAGAAAAUCAUAGAGGUUAGGGUCACAAGUCGACAGGCUGAAGGGCAGGAACAAGUAACAGGUAAAGAAACAACAACAUUGUGACUGGUCACAUACUCUCUGCACCAUAAUUCCCUGCCACACCCCAACACCUCCAGAAGUGUAUUCCCAAGCAUUUAUUCCCAAGAGCAAUCGAACACCUGCAGCUGCCCACAAGUCUGAGCGCAGGUCCUUCAGUGCACAGUCCUGGCUGACCAAGCCAGUGGGAUCUCCAGCUCCACUGUGCGCUCCUCUGCGUAGGACUGAUCAGGCUCCACGGCACGCUGCUCCCUUUUCCCCUUACUCCAGCCUCCAGCUUCCUCUUCCAUUUUCCCUUCCUCAGGGGUUUCAGGGAGUACCCGUCCAAACUCCCAGUGACAGCAGCUCUGCAGACUUCCCCUGGUUUUUCCUGCUGUUACGCACAUUACAUUCACAUUAUACCAGAAUAUUUGCAUGUGGCCAAAACUCUCAACCAGAGGCAGCUUUGCUGGGGUGGGUUUUUUGUCCCACUUUGACUUUCAGAUAAUGUAGAAAUGGGAAAGCGGAUGCUUUUUCCCAGAAAGUAGAACAUGAAGCUAACCUGGCACCGGGACCACUGGAACCUAGCCCCAUUUUGAAGCCACAUGACAUCCUCGCACCACUUUGCCGAUGGCUCUGCUGCCUGUGCUGCCACCUGGGUGGAAGUCCAUCCUGAAGAGCAGGCCACCUUCACGUGACCACUGCCUCAAGUCCAGGCUGGAUUUCUGUUCUCUCAGGGUAAGGGUCACGUGCCCCCAGGUCCAACCAGACCCACGGUACUAUGUUUAUGCCACAACUCAUUGUUACCUGGCUACCCUGGAAUGAAGGAAACCUAUCAACUAAUCACUUGCUAUUUUGGUGGCCAAUCAAAACUCCUGUGGCCUCUUCCAGCCCCUUCCCGUUCCCUAUCCUCUUGGAGGUUAACAUUGUGAAGAAAUUGCCCGCUUUGCCUCCCUGCUCGGAGUCUCCCCAGCCCCUUCUGCUCUAGACUCUGGCACUUGUAUCCAUCUGGGCACCUAGGUGAUUCCACGGGGAGCGGGAACCUGCUGUCCCUUUGUUCCCACUUCCUGCCCCAAAUACCUGCCAGGCACUGAUCAUUCUACCCGAGGUUGCUGAUGUUUUUCAAACUGACCAGCUGAGGAUACUGGUUUACGGUUGGGACUUAGGGAUGCGGUCACAAAAGCUUUAAAAGAGGGUCACUCCAUUUUGGAGGGGUCAGACAUUUUGGGACACUGAAACAAGCAAUCGGCUUGCAGAGCUAUAUUGGUCUCUGGAUGAACAUACGAGUAACUUACCUGAAACUUACCUGCAACCACGAGCAACCACAAAAAGAUCCAGGAGGCGGUGAGACAGCACGUUGCCAGUGGACCGGCUCCCAGGCAACACGUGCCAGGCCAUGUGGGAGCACGUCAACCACAAGGACCGGCGCAAAGACCCCAAGGACCUGAACUGGCUCAUAGCCCACUGAGCCCUGCCAGUGAGGGCCCAGAGGCAUAGAGAGAGUCAGCUGGAGAGACCCAGGUGCCCGUGGCCCAACUCCCAUGGAGCCACUGAGAUGAUCAACCACCUCUGGCUCUGCGCCUGCGCCAAGGAAGUACAGAAAAGGGUGAUGCAGCUCUGCUAAGCAGUGGCCGGCACCAACCGGCCAACCAGAGAAACAGUGCUGUACAGGUACCUUGCCAAACACCAAGGGAACCCGUCAGCCCAUUUCGACCAGUUUGUGUCCUGUAUCAGGAGAGCCCCGUGGAAGGCCAGGAACCUCCUGCUGUACAGGCACAUGGAUGUAGAGGUGGUAGGCUGUGUGAAAAUGGAGCUGAAUGAGCUCCAGACCUACUACCAGUAAUCGGAGGAUGGAGAGGACAUGGCCAAAGCCACCUGGCACAAAGACAUGUGGCACAGGAUCUUCCAACUUCACCCUAGUGGGGAAGGGGGUGGUGACAGCGAGGAAGAGACAAGUGGAACUGAGGACAGCACCAGCAGCGGCGGGUCCUGCAGCGGGCACUGGAGUGAAGGUGACAUGGAUGACAGAUGAAUUGAGUAUGUGACCCCACAAGCGGCGUGGGGAUGAAAGGAAGGGGCUGCCUGGUCUGAGAGACCAGAGUUUGUUUGUGUGGGUAGUGCACAAAGUGGAUAUUGUAAUGGGUCUGGGUGGCCAGUGGCCUUUGUACAGGUGCAUGGGCUGUGUGAGUGUGGUUUUUGUAACGGAUUAAGGUUUUCUUUGUGGGGUGAUACUCGGAGUAUAGAUAUAUAUAACCACAUGUAUAUAUAGGCAUAUAUUUGUACUACAACAACAACAAAAAGUACCUGAAAUUUAGCCAGUAACUUAAGUUUUAGUGAACGAGACACACAUCAAAAGGCCAACAAGCCUAUUCGGAUUUGCUCAAGUGAGUUUUCUAUCAAUUUGCCAUUGAUUUGUAUUCCUUCCUCAAUCUCUACCUCUCUGAUCAAUAAAGCUAUCAGUUAUAGCA